AUGACUCAAGAAGAUCCUGCAAUACUUCAUGAUGUUGAGGCCGAGCCAGAGAAGUCCGAGAGUUAUUCUUCCAAGGACUUGGACAACAAAUCAGAUGAUAAGAAGUCAGAAGAUGAUGUUAAGAUCUCAUUAGGUAUUCAACUUAUCUUCUUCCUCAUUGGUACCAACAUUUUGUUCAGUUACAAUACAUUCCUCAGUGGUACUGACUUCUACGGUUCACUUGUUGGACAUCAGAGAUACACAUAUGGUGGCAAAGUCAACAUUGGAAGAGAUCUCCCACGUGUUUUGAUCAUCACUUCUGAAACAGUCAAUCUUUGCUCACUUCCAUUCAUUGAAUCAUUCAGACUCAUUUCCAGACUUUACUUCUCGAUGACAAUAAUGGCUAUUGUUCAAAUUGUUAUCUACUUCUAUGUCAACUUCGGUGAUCCACAGUAUUACAUCAUUUACCUUCUUGCAGCUUUGACAUCCGCAGCCCAAUCAGUCAUUUUUGGUUCAUCAAUGGGCUUUGCAGGCCUUUUCGGUGAUAAGACAUCAGCUUUAGCCAACACAGGUGUCGCUCUUGGUGGUUUAAUCACAUCUCUCCUUUGGAUUCUUGCUAAGGGAGUUUUUCCAAACAGUGUCAGAAACCAAGGUUUCCUUUAUUUAUUCUUCUCAUGCUUUGUUUCAAUUGCCACAGCUGUUACAUUCCACUUCUUCAGCAGAACAGAAAUUGCUCAGAAGAGACUCAAACUCGCUCAGACAUCCAAUGAUUUCUUCUUCAGACUCAAAAGAAUCAAAGGUGUCUUCCUUAAGAUUUGGCCAUUUGUUAUCGAAGGCUGGCUCCACCUUACUAUUACACUUACAUUCUACCCAGGCUACAUGUUCUUAGCUGGCAACCAACACUUCAAGGAUUUCGGUUGGUUCACAACAGUUAUGAUUCUCUGCUACAACAUUGGUGACUUUCUUGGAAGAUUCGUGACAAGAUUCUUCUUAUGGCCAAAGCCAAAGUAUCUCUGGAUCCCACAUGCAUUAAGACUUCUCUUUAUCCCACUUAUUGUUGUCUCAGUCGAAGUUCCAAAGCUCAGAAGCGAUGUCUAUAUGUGCAUUAUGUCCUUCCUUCUUGCUGUAACAACAGGCUAUUUCGGCGGUCUUUGCAUUGUUUAUACAGCUACAAGUGAGAAGCUUGCAACUGAAGAAAUCGAUCUUGGUGUAUUCACAACAGUUCUUGCUACAAAUCUCGGCGUUUUCACAGGUGUAUGGCUUACAUUCUUAUCUAACAAUCUUCACGAGAAAUAUAGUCCACAGUAA